CGUACUGCACAGACCAGGGAUACAAGAAAGCGGAGAGCCUCCUCCCCUCCUCAACCCCAUUUCCGGAGCUGGGGUUCAGUUGCUGGAUUGGGGAAACUAAAGUCGCUUCUUCUAACCUCCUCCCCUUUUUUUAUUAAUAUUAUUCUCCCACCUUGGUCGGACCCUUGCCGUUACAUACCUCCUACUUACCACCAUUCCGCUCGGCUGUUAGAGGGAAAAAAUGGAGGAGAGGGGCACGUAGGGACUUUCAGAUUGCAGAUAUGCAUGUAUACGGAUAUGCAGCGUCCGAGGUACCAUUCGUUUGAGUUAUGGUUCGGUAGUUUAAGCGCUCAACUCCACACACACACACACACACGCCUACACACCUCUAGAGAGAGACAGACAGGGGGACAUCUAUUUGCGUUUGUAGCUAUGAUGUGAAUAUGUGUGUUGUCCGUCGAUAGUGUUUAUGCAUGUUUCGAACCUACGGAAUUCCGACGCGCACAUGUCUGCUCGGCUGGGCUCCGUUGUUGCGUCUGGCCGAGGGGGGAGGAGGUGACGAAACUAUCCGUAUCCGUCGAUGCGCAGAUCUCGGGUUCUCGAUUUCGUCGAGGGCGGCGGGGGGACCCGGUGAGUAUACGCACACACUAUACCUGACGCGAGCAAGGCGGGAGGCAGACGCCGUGCCGCCACAUGUCGUGAGUCUAUUUGCGCUCCCCCCCCCCCUUCCUGGCUGGCACCCCAUGCCUGGCGCUCUCUGCUCCGCCGUCUUUUUCUCCCCUCGGCCGGUGGCACGAUGGGCGUGCUAUAUGCUGCCGUUACCGUACGAUGCGAUGAGAGAGAUUCCCGCCGUUACCUGCGCCGUCGGGUGUGUUUGCGGAGAACGGUGGGAAAAAAAAAAAAGGAGGUGGAUGGACUAACUGGGGCGGCAUCCCCGUAACCGGGCCAGGAGAGAGAGAGACUCUAGAACGCCGGCUACGAUUUCUCC